CGUAAGUGUGCGUAUAGAAUUGUGAAAACACGAAAAACCAGUUUGCAAUGGCAUUGACAUUCGCCUAACAAUUGUGGCUUAAUUUAGCGGUCAGUCCUAUCCGCUCAGCGCUAGGGUUCACUGUAUACGUAGUGGGUGGACGCACUGUAGACGGGUGAGUUCUUGCUUGUGGUCACUCUUCAUUUCGAAAAGAGAUUGUGGACAUCGUACAAGACUCUUUCUAAGGUGAGCCAAGGUGAAUGGACUGAAGUGGUACAUGGUCACUCCUCAAUAGAAACAACAACCUCACCAGGAGGCAGAGUCGACUUAUUUCGCAAACAGAUUCUUACCAAAUCUCAAAAUGUAUCGACUUUCUUCCAUUUUGUUCCUGGUCGCCAUUGUCAUACCAGGAACUCUAUCUCAAAGUGCACCAACUGUCAAUAUACAAUCACAGUCUUAUACACCCAAUUCUGGCACUAGAGUUACUUUGCAGUGUACUGCCUCGGGAAAUCCUGCUGUAACUCUAGUUACUUGGUAUAAAACAAGUGGUGGAGUCGAAACAACUGUGGCUAUUGAUAAUUCAAAAUACCAAGGAGGAAAUGUGGCCAGUCCCUCGCUGAUUAUCUACGGUCUGAGCAGUUCAGACACUGCAUCUUACAAAUGUAGAGCCACAAACUCUAUAGGAUCAUCAGAUAGUGCACAGAUCGCACUUAACGUCAAUGUUAUAGCAGGUAUUCCCACAGUGACCAUUGGUCAGGGUAGUUACAAUAUUAAUUCCGGAACUACUGUAACACUGCAGUGUACUGUUGGAUCAACUGUCACCUCUGUUUCCUGGUCACGUAUUCUUAAUGGAGUACCAAGUUCUAUUACAGUAGAUAACUCCAAGUACACAAAUGCAAACACUGGAAACCCAUCUCUUACCAUCGCAAGUACCACCAACGCGGACGAUGGCACCUAUGUCUGCUCUGCAACAAACAGCGCUGGAACAUCUUCAAGUCUUGCCACAGUCUUGACCGUCACUACCACCAGUAUACAGGUUCCAUCUGUAACAAUUGCCCAAACAGCCUUUGGGGCACAAGUGUCAACUACGAUCACACUCGGCUGUACUGUCACCUCAGCUGCGACCGUCCUCUCUGUCUACUGGAGGCGUGACAUUGGGUCAGGAUUCGUGGACAUUACUAUUGAUGGGACAAAUUUCUCUGGUUCAACCAUCACCCUUCCUUCCCUGACCCUCAUCAAUGCAGACAUAACAGACUCGGGGACCUACCAAUGCUUUGCUACAAAUGCUGGUGGAAUUGGUAGUAGUGCGACAGCUUCUGUGACAAUUUCAUCAGCUGUCCCAUCCGUUGAUAUCCCCCUAACCUCCUAUACCACCACUGAAGGAACUACCUACAACAUUCCAUGUUCUGUAUCAUCAACUACAACAGUCACAAAUGUCUUCUGGCAGCGUACCAUCAAUGGUCAAACCUCAACAAUCACCAUUGAUGGUGUUAAUUACUCUGGAGCUACCACAGGCUCUCCAUCCCUGAACAUCAUCACAGCUUCUACCUCAGACUCUGGAACAUACAUCUGCUCUGCUACCAAUUCUGCUGGAACUGGAAGUGACGCGACACAACUAACUGUUUCUGGAGCUAUCCCGUCUGUAGAUAUCCCCCUAACCUCCUAUACCACCACUGAAGGAACUACCUACACCAUUCCAUGUUCUGUAUCAUCAACUACAGCAGUCACAAAUGUCUUCUGGCAGCGUACCAUCAAUGGUCAACCCUCAUCAAUCAACAUUGAUGGUGUUAAUUUCUCUGGAGCUACCACAGGCUCUCCAUCUCUGAACAUCAUCACAGCUUCUACCACAGAUUCUGCAACUUACACCUGCUUUGCUUCUAACUCCGCUGGAACUGGAAGUGAUUCAACACAGUUAAUUGUUUCUGGAACUGUCCCAUCCGUUGAUAUCCCCCUAACCUCCUAUACCACCACUGAAGGAACUACCUACACCAUUCCAUGUUCUGUAUCAUCAACUACAGCAGUCACAAAUGUCUUCUGGCAGCGUACCAUCAAUGGUCAACCCUCAACAAUCAACAUUGAUGGUGUUAAUUUCUCUGGAGCUACCACAGGCUCUCCAUCUCUGAAUAUCAUCACAGCUUCUACCACAGAUUCUGCAACAUACACCUGUUUUGCUUCUAACUCCGCUGGAACUGGAAGUGAUUCAACACAGUUAAUUGUUUCUGGAACUGUCCCGUCUGUAGAUAUCCCCCUAACCUCCUAUACCACCACUGAAGGAACUACCUACAACAUUCCAUGUUCUGUAUCAUCAACUACAGCAAUCACAAAUGUCUUCUGGCAGCGUACCAUCAAUGGUCAACCCUCAACAAUCAACAUUGAUGGUGUUAAUUUCUCUGGAGCUACCACAGGCUCUCCAUCUCUGAAUAUCAUCACAGCUUCUACCACAGAUUCUGCAACUUACACCUGCUUUGCAUCUAACUCCGCUGGAACUGGAAGUGAUUCCACACAGUUAACUGUUUCUGCAACUGUCCCGUCUGUAGAUAUCCCCCUAACCUCCUAUACCACCACUGAAGGAACUACCUAAAACAUUCCAUGUUCUGUAUCAUCAACUGCAGCAAUCACAAAUGUCUUCUGGCAGCGUACCAUCAAUGGUCAACCCUCAACAAUCAACAUUGAUGGUGUUAAUUUCU